AAGGUCAAUUUCAUUCUUGCUUCCAAGUUCCAUCUGACUCUCUCUCUCUCUCUCUCUCUCUCUCUCUCUCCACUUUCCUGAAUAAAAGCUGGAGAUAUUCCUCCUUCCCUCACUCUCUACCUUUUAUUCUGUGUCAUUGUUCCCCAAUUAAGCUUUCUAUCCAUUUCUCUUCGCAUAAAGCAUCUCAAAACGGUUUCCCAUAUGGCUGAUGCCAAAGAUUCAUCUAUGGUGGAUUCCAAAUCUUCCUCAACUUCACCCUCACAACAUCAGCAACAUACCUCUUUCUUCAUGGCUCAAGACACCCUCAGAAUCCUUGCCAUUCUCCUCUCUGCUGCUUCGAUUGUUGUUAUGGUCACCAAUACCCAGACCGUUUUACUCUUCUCUAUACGCUUCCAAGCCCACUUCUAUUACUCGCCAUCUUUCAAGUUUUUCGUUGCUGCAAAUGGGGUAGUCACUGCUCUGUCCCUGCUGACACUCAUAGUCAAACUUCUCAUGAGACAACAAGCGUCGCGAAGAAAAGACUACUAUUUCGUUCUAAUUACGCACGACAUAGUGAUGACGGUGUUGUUGAUAGCUGGAUGUGCAGCAGCGACUGCUAUAGGGUACGUGGGACAGUUUGGAGAGGAGCAUGUGGGGUGGCAACCAGUUUGUGACCAUGUGCGCAAGUUCUGCAGAACAAACUUGGUUUCACUUUUGCUUUCUUAUGUUGCAUUCCUUGCCUAUUUGGGAGUCACUAUUCUAUCAGCCUACAAAUGCAUUGCAUCUUCUCCCAACAAUUAAUCAAAUACACCAACCACCAUUACCAAACUUGCUAGCUAGCUAGCUAAUAGCUAUCACCACUUCAGAUAAAAGGGGUGCCUGGGUGGGGCUUAUAUUAUAUAUAUAUAUAUAUAUGUCGUGUUGAUAUAAAUCUUAUUAUGAAUGUAAUGUUUUGUUGCUGAAAUUUUCAGUUUGGUUUAUGGUAGUAUAUCAAUGCUACAACAGCUCACACACAGAGUAGGAAACUAAAAUAUUUACUGAUCAUAAUGAAGCUUUACUGGGACUUGCUUUCAAUAAUUUGUGGUCUUGGGCGACAUAUUCCUGGCUUCUCACCUCCAUUUAUU